AUGCCUAGACUCAGCAACAAAGAGUUUUUGACCAAACUUGAAAGUGACUUGAAAGAAAACGCUGGGUCGUCUUCCAUUUAUCUUACUCAAAAACGUCUUGUUGCGUCCCUAGAGUCUGCACCCAAAGAUCAAUUGACAGACUUGUCUUCCAAUGUGGUUCAACAUCCAGAUACGUACAGCAAGAACACUCGCCUGUACUCGGUAUUGAUAAGAUGCACAAGAGGUACAAGUGAUUCCAAAAUCUCAACCGUGGUCGAGCCCGAAAACCUAAGUAUGUUCUGGAAUGACUACACCACAGUAUUAAAAGCUGGCUUCGGGGGAUUGAGAAAGAAGGAUAAGAAGAAGAAGCAAAAGGUUACAAAGGCUUAA